CACAACUCGAUUAUUGGACGUCAGUCAGACAUGGUGCCAGAUGCUGACAUGCGCUGCACGCUCAUAUAUUUUCUGAUUACCAGUACUUAAAGUAGUGAGUGCCGCAACGAAUAUCGCGCCAGCGAAGAUCCUCGACCGUUUGCAAGAUGCAUAUGUUUGAUCUUUUGGCCUGCGUUUGCUUUGCUCUUGUGCCAGUUGCGGCACUUUCCAGCGACGCCGACAUAUUGGCUACGGCCAACACAAAACUCAGCACAAUCGUUUCUCGUAGCGACCAGAAAUACAGCUGUAAAUGCUACCCUGGCGACCACUGCUGGCCAGCAGCAGAUAAAUGGAACGCUCUCAACACAACAGUUAAUGGUGCUCUGCGUAGUGUAGUUCCAGCGGCGGCUGUGUGCCAUGAGUCGUUUCAAGGGAGUCCAACAUACAACGCCGAAGCAUGCGCAGAAGUCAACAAAAAUAUCCACAGUGAAUCCUGGUGGACCGACCAGCCCAUCGAGACAAUGUGGACAUACUGGAGUAACAACACCUGCACCCCCGACUCCCCCAAAGAGAGACCUUGCACUCUCGGCUUCUCGCCCUCGUACGUCAUCAUGGCCACCGAGAUCGCGCACAUCAAGGCCGGUAUAGACUUUGCGCGCCAGCAGAACGUACGUCUCAUCAUCCGCAACACCGGUCAUGACUUCAUGGGCCGCUCGAACGGAUACGGUGCGCUGGCCAUCAACACGCAUAAGUUCAAGGAUAUCUCCUUCACCGGGAGCUACGCUGGCCCGGGAGACUGGAAAGGCGGCGCUGUGACUGUCGGCGCAGGCGUCCAGCUUCGGGAGCUGUACACGGCGGCUCACUCGCGGAGUCCGUCGGUGUUGGUCAUGGGCGGCGAGUGUCCUACUGUCGGAAUCGCGGGCGGAUACAUCCAAGGCGGCGGCCAUGGCAUCAUGGGGACGUGGUUUGGGAUGGCAGCCGACAACGCUUUGGCCUUCACAGCCAUCACUGCCGAGGGCGAGUACGUGACAGCCAACGCAAACGAGAACGCGGAUUUGUUCUGGGCGUUGAAAGGAGGUGGACCGGCGAGUUACGCCGUGAUCACAUCGCUGACGCUGAAGACGUUCCCGGAGAUGCGUGCUGCAGGUACAAUUCUGAACAUCAAUGCCACUCACACGAAUGACUCUGCGGUGAUAUGGAAGGGCGUCGAGAUUUUCCACAGCUUCGCCAACCUCUAUGUCGACAAUGGGUUCUUUGUCUAUUAUGAACUCCUCGGAGGCAGCCUACACGUGCAACCCUUCGUGGCACCAAACAUGGAUGCCGCCGGCAUCAAAGCCGUCCUUGCACCCCUCUUCGCCGCCCUGGACGCCGCAUCCAUACCCUACAGCACGGUAACAAAGGACUUCUCCUCCGUCUACGACCUCUACAUCGACCUCUUCGAAGACGAACCCCCCUACCAAAACACCUACAUCGGCGGCCGCAUCUUUACACGCGACGACAUCUCGUCGCGCAACCCCGAAAUUAUCAACUCGUACAAGGUCGCCGCCGCCCCUGCGCCGGGCUACGUCGGCGGCAUCGUCGGCCACAUUGUCGGCCCCGGCCACAACGUCUCGCAGGCCGACAACGCUAUCCAUCCGGCAUGGCGCAGCGCCAGCAGUUUCUCUAUCGCGCUGCUGGUCGUGGACCGCGACGUCUCGUUGGCACAGCGGCAGGCGGCGCAGGAUGUGUUGACGCACAAGACGGGUGAUGCGAUGAGGGCGGCAAGCCCGGAUGGCGGCGCGUAUGUGAAUGAGGGCGAUUUGAAUGAGCCGGACUGGCAGCGUGCGUACUGGGGCGAUAAGUAUCCGCGGUUGCUGGAGCUGAGGCGCAAGUGGGAUCCGAAGGGCGUGUUUUACGCCAGAACCACGCCCGGGACGGAGGAGUGGGAGGUGCUGGAGGAGGGGACUAGGCUGUGUAAGAGGAAUUAGGAAGGAGUAUGGAUGUAUCGAUGGUGUACAGCGACUGUAAGGUAUAUGGCGGAUUGUCCUGGGUGGUGAGCUGUAUCAUGGUGACGGGCUGUAUCAUGGGUAAAGACGUAGGUGUUGGGUGAGGGGGCGUAAGAUGGAUUGGGACUUGAAUGAUGGUGGACGGCGUCCUGUGCAAUGACAGGCGGGUUGUAUAGAGUAUAGGUUUCGUUACGCUCUCGUUAGUAUCAGUCAUACAAAUGAAUAUAGUGUAUUGUAGUAUC